AAAAAAACAGUAUAUGGUGAAGAUUCGUGGACUUAGAAAAACGACAUAAUAAACUAAAGCAUAUUUUGAUUUUACAGAAAUAACUUAAAUUGUAUAAUUAAACGGCUCGCAUAAAAUAAGCUUGAAAUGGCGCACAUAAGACACGUGGAGGAUGACAUUCGCGAAGAGAAGUUGUUUUGAUAUUUCGGUCACGGCGGUGACGACGCUGUGUUUAGGCUGUGUCAGUGAUUUUCAGCAUUGUGCUAAAUUUAAUCUUUCAUCAAUUGAAGGGUGUGAAUAUGGCCGAAAUGGGAAAAACUGGUGCACCACCACCUACGCCUGCUUUACCAACAACAGGCUCAUCUUCCCCAAGCAUGGGUGUCAUCAUUGCAAUAAUUGCAGUGGUUGUCAGCACAAUACUGCUUUUCUUGCUGCUGAAGAAGAGAGUUCAGCAGAGGUCUGUGUUGUUCUUGGGUCUCUGUGACAGUGGCAAAACAUUGCUGCUGUCACACAUUGGAUACAAUACAUACAAAAACACACAGACUUCAAUCAAACCAAAUGAAGCAACCUAUUCUCCAGAUGGCAAGCGUCGGCUGGAGCUGGUGGACAUCCCCGGCCACGAGCGGCUGCGGCAGACGGCGCUGGACCGCUACAAGGCCGGCACGCGCGGCCUCCUGUUCGUCGUGGACAGCACCACCGUGCAGAAGCAGCUCAAGGACGUGGCCGAGUACUUGUACACGGUGCUGACGGAUCCGGCGGUGGCGGCGCUCCGGCCGCCGCUGCUCGUUCUCUGCAACAAACAGGACCAGAUGCAGGCCAAGGGCGCCAGCCUCAUCCGCACGCAGCUCGAACGAGAAAUCAACACGCUCCGCUGGACGAAAUCGUCCAGUCUGCAGGGCACCGACGACUCGUCGACGACGGCCACUCUCGGCCGAGAGGGCGAGGACUUUGAGUUCUCCCACCUGCGCCAGCCGGUCGAGUUUGUCGAGGGCUCGUGCGGCGCCAACGAGGACGACGAGCCCAGUCUCGAGGCCGUCACUGAGUGGCUGAACAUGCUGGCCUAGUGGGAGGGAAAGGUUCCUGCAGCCAAUGGCGAGUUCCCUUGAUCUGUGAGACGAAAUUUGAAAAUGAGUUUGAAGAUGUGGGCGCAAGGCGCUAAGGUGAGCAUAAGAUAUCGUGUGGUGAGCUGCUAUGGGAGAGGACGGAGGAGAUGUCUGAGAAGUGGGCUCAAUGUUGGCGACAAGACGACCUGGAAACAGAAGAUGUAAAAAAGAUGCGUGUCCAUGAACUGACAGAUGUCAUUUCAUGGGUUCACGGGAUGUCUGAAGACGAGGCUAUGAGAUAGUUGGGUGGGGGUGAUAUGUGCCUGUGGUGGGCAAGACUCGGUUGUGUGUCGCACGCGGUGGGAUUGUGCGAAAAGCUGCCAAUCGGAAUCCUGUCGGACUGAAAUGGUGUGGGUGCUUUACCAGGGAGACAUUCGCGACGGCUGCUUUUCUAUGUGGGUAAGGUUAUUUAUAGUAUCGUUCGUUUGAACUUGUGCCACCGCAUAUUCUCUUGACAAGCUGAGCUAGUGUCGUGAUGGAUCCUGCGUCUCGUCUAUAAUAGUUAACUUUUCUGCUGCAAACUUCGGAAAAGUUAGAAUCGCAGAAAGUUUAGACCACACCAUUAAAUCAGAUAAUUACCAAGUGAUUCGGAUUUUGUUCUUUUCAGGGGAUGGUACUGAAAGUCCAACUACAAUACAGUAAAACUUAUAUUGUCAACUUACAACCUGGUCGGCUGCACAGUGCGCCGUGUUAAUAUUCUUCGAAAUUCAUUCCAAGUAAUUUUGUAGCAAAUGUUGGUAAAAAUGCAUGCAUAUGGCAUAUCUGGCAUGACGAAUGCCGAUGCUAUUUUCAAAGUGUUUUCAUUAUCGCGUUGCAAAUAGAGUCGUUAUGUUCGA